AUGGCCGAGCCUGAAAACACCGAGCCUAAGACAACCAACCCUGAAAACAAUGAGUCUGAAGGAUGUUCAAGUAUUUCUUUACAAAUUCUAGGAUAUUGAAGGCCUUGAAUUUUUGUUUUCAAAUUCAAGGACAUUCAAGGACUUUCAAGUUUUGUACGGACCCCGAGUUUAAUCAAUCUCGUUCCCCGAGCCUGCAAUCCUCGGGAAGGAACGCGAGGCUCUGGGAUAAUCUGUUGCCGGAAGCCAGGAAUCCUGGCUAAGACCAAAGGGCUAAUCAGAUUCCUCCCUGAAACGGAUUAUCCUAGGCUCCUCGGCAGGCAUCUCGUAGUUCACAUACUUCAGUUGCCCGAUAAUCGAAAGGCGAUGCCUGCGGAGGAGGCUAGGGUUAUCCCAGGCCAAAAAAAAAUAUGUGGGUUUCCGGUUUCUUCUUAUAAAAACUUAGGUAGGGUAGGUCGGUUUUAACUUUUUUUUUUUAACUUUUUUUUUAAUUUUCCGAAUAAGCGGACGCCAUUUUGUUUAGUCAGUGCUUCCACAUCCAAAGAUAAAUUUCCCUAACAUUGCCUCAAAUUUCAAUUUUCCAUAAACUUUUUCCUCUAAGUGGAAACACUUACAAGCAUGAUCCAAUAAAAAAGUUUAGGGUCGGGAUUUCGACGUCCAAAAGCUAGGUAGGGUCGGGAAACCGGAAACCCACAUAUUUUUUUUUUUGCCUCCCAGAGUCUCACGUUCCUUCCCGAGGAUCGCAGGCUCGGGGAACGAGAUUGGAGUUUAAUAGUCUGCUAGCAAACGGCACACAAAAUUAACAAACAAAAAAUUCAUGCCUGAAAAACUAUAUGUUAAAUUCUCCUAUAGAAACCUCUUCUUAUAAUACCACAAAGAUAGAAGAAUAAUUUGUAUACUUACCAAAGAACAAUUAAUACAGUAAACGCGACUCAAACCUGACAAACAAAAUAAAAUAUGGCGGCUAGAAAUUUAUUAAUAACACAGUCGUGUUCUCGAGUAUAAAACACUUUUAUGCCUUCAAAGCUAUGCUAAAUUUUUCUUCACAACUAAAACUUAUUACUAUAAAAAGAUAAAAGAACACUUUUAAGACUCACCAAACAAGAAAUUAAGGAUUAAUCCACAACAUUUCAAACAAAACUUAUGUCGCAAUUUCGUCUUUUAAAUUUUCCCGCCUUCACGAGGCAUUUAAAGCUUUAAAUCUCAUACUUCAAAAUAAUCCGAGUAGUCCCGAGAAUCGGCAUUCGAGAUCCGAAAGCUUUCCGAUCUAGGAAAAGUUCAUUCUCCUGAUUCAUCUCUAUUGAGAUCAGUGUUGUUGUUUCUUGACAUAAUAAAAAUAUUGAUUUUGUUUUUUGUGGUUCAAUAUAAACCUCAAUAUAUAAGCUGGAUUUUAUACUAAAAGCAUAAACGAAGCUUUAUAUAAUGUCUUCUAGUGGGCUGCCGACGUUUUGGGAAAUGAAGGUUGAUCCUUCUAGUGGAAAACCAUUUUUUAUUGAUCAUCGAAACAGAGUGACGACAUGGCAAGAUCCACGUAUUAUAAAUCAAAAUAUGGUAGGAAGCUGUCGCUAAUCAGAGGUCGAUAAUGUUAACAAAACCCUACGGUUUUGUUUUUGAUUUUGUACAGGACUUGUGUAAAACACCAUAUAUAUGGAAGUAUAUUAAACUGUUCUGCUGUAAAUAUUUGAGGCUGUAUUGUACAAAAACUAAAAUAACGACUCUCCGAGUCAAUAUUUGUAUAUUCCCAAUCCAUUAAUCACAACUAAUCACAUACAAUUCUUAUCCCGGCGUACGUACACAAAUAAGUGUAUGUAUUAAAGAUGUCACAUUUUCAAAUGUCGCCAUAAACUGCCGAACAGGAAUAGCGAGGUCAGCAGCCGUUUCAUAUGCCAGAAUGACAAGCAUAUAGGACUUGUUCGGUCGUGUAAAUGGGACUUGAUAUUCUUAUGCUUAUGUUGCAUCGUAGUGAGGACAGUACAAAAGAAAUCAAUUGCAAUAUUGUCACGCAAUAUUGAUCGGCUGAUUGCUCUAGCAAAUUGCAACCGACGGGAACAAAUUGCAAUUUUUACUUACAGUAACAGUAUUAAACCGUCAACUGCAAAACUCAAAAGUUCAUAAUAUGAUUCGGAAAGCAAGUUUGUAAAUAAAGCCUGAUUGGCUACUAGUAGUUGUACAAAACAAGCCAAUCAAAUGCUUGGCAUCCGACAUUUGGGCGCAAUGUAAAAAUUGCAAUUUGUUUGCGUCGGUUGCAAUUUACUAGAGCAAUCAGCUGAUCAAUAUUGUGUGACAAUAUUGCAAUGUUGCGCGCAAUGGAACACCAGAUUUGACUGUAAUUGUGCUUAUAAAUGUUUUACGCAAUUUCAGGUUAAUAUGGCAGUGUCGAGUUCAGAACCCUACAACCCCGCUCAACCGGCGAAACAGGCACAAUGGUCUAAACCAUCACUAUACCCGUCUACGCAAGAACUAACCCAGUCGUUAGAAGGCUUGCAGUUACCGCAACGAAACGAUGAAAAACCUUCCGUGUCUGAAAGCUAUUAUAGGCAAAACACAGGUCAGCAGAAUAUGACUGUUCAAAAUUUUGCAAAUCCACAGUCGUCGGUUGCUAACGAAGUACCGGGAAGGCCGUCACAGUACCAACAGCAGAAUUACAAUAGCCCAUACUCCGACUACCAACAAAUGAGGACAAUGUCUAGCGGUGGAGUUAAUCCCAAUAACGUGCCCAGCUCACCAAGCGCGAUGUCCAGUGCAGGGCAGGUGACACACAUGGCAGGGCAGUAUGCCCCACAGACAAACACAUAUCCGAUGCAAUAUAGUCAAACUGUGCCCAUGUCUGCCCCAAAUAACAUGCAACAACAGCAAAUGUAUGCUCAACAACAACAACAAUUGCAACAACAACAACAAUUGCAACAACAACAACAACAAUUGCAACAACAACAACAAUUGCAACAACAACAACACUUACGACAGCAACAACAGUUACUGCAACAACCACAAAAUGCACCACAGAUGGCCGGGCAACCACAAUUUUCACAACAGAGGCCAACGCUGGCACCCCAGCAAUUUCAAUCGGCAUCCCAAAAUAUGGCACCACCUCCAGGAGUACAGAUGGGACAACCAAGACAAGUUAUGGUACCACCGCAACAGAUGGUAGUUCAAAGACCCAUGGUACCUCAGAUGGUGUCUGGUAUGCAACAAAUACCAACACAACAAAAUGUACCAUCCCAACCGAUAUCAGCAGUACCGUCGCGUCCAGGAUCCGGAGCACCACAACAGGUGCCAACCUCGUACCAACAAGUAUCCCAAGGUAAUGUACAACCGAUCCCUAAUCCACAAGUUGGUGGCCAACCGACUCCAAACCAACCAUGGGCCACAAACCAAGGUCUACCUUACAUGGGAAACAUGUACCAGACCCAGCCACCGGUCUCCAAUUAUGCUGGUGCCCAACCACAACCCGAUAUAAAACUGCCACCCCAGGAUAUGAACCAGCCAACCAAGCCCAUUAGCCAAUCGUAUGGUAUGUACGGUUACCCCCAACAACCAAAUGCGUUCCCUGGUCAAGGACAGAACUACCAACAUCAAAUGCAGGGGCAGCAAGGUGUGUCGAUGGGACCAGGGUCAUACCCCAAGCCAACUGGUCAGCCAGAACAGUAUGGUGCAGUGAAUGCAAUGGUGCAUGGUUACAGGCAGCCGCAAAAUGGUAGUGUCUCAACGCCGAACCAAGGUACACAGCAACCAUCGGUUUCAGGUAGUACGGUUUACUCACCCCAACCGUCAUAUCAAGCUGGUCAACUGCCAAGCCAAAGUGGGUCACCUUAUAACCAGUCGCUGAGUUGGGUCCCCACACAACAUUUGCAGCAACAAUCCAGCCAGGCGCCCAGGCAACCUUAUAACCCAAACUACCAAGGCGCACCACAGCCCUACCUUAGCCCGUACUCAACUAAUGCUACACCAUAUGCACUACAUGCAAGAAAUGUUGGCAAUGAUUACGGGCAGAACCAUCAACCUGGGCAGACCUUGUCACCCUUGCCAAACUUUCCACUGACAGGCUCGCCAUCCGAUAUGCAUAUCAAGAAUAUCAACAGGAUACUACAACAGACCUCAGCAUUGGUACCACAGGUUGAACAGUUCAAAGGAAAGCGAGGUAGAGUAUUACCUAACAGUACUUGGCCUUGUCUCAUCUUCCACUAAGGAUGGGACACUUGGUAGGAAAUUUGCAUAUAAUCCCGACAUUUUGCCCAAAGUUUUUCAAUGAUUUCCUUCAUCUAUUGUUACUACACAUGCAUACCAUCUCAACCUUGCUUCUCUCACCUUCUCUGCAAUGUCUAUCACCCCACAUCUUAUGAUAUCUUCAUUCCAUGUCUUUGACCAGCUCUCCUUCAUCUCUUCUUAUUACGUGUCCAUACCAUCUCAACCUUGCUUCUCUCCCCUUCUCUGCAAUGUCUAUCACACCACAUCUUAUGAUAUCUUCAUUCCAUAAUAUCUCUGACCAGCUUUCCUUCAUCUCUCCCUAUUACAUGUCCAUACCAUCUCAACCUUGCUUCUCUCACCUUCUCUGCCAUGUCUACCACCCCACAUCUUCUGAUCUCUUCAUUCCAUAAUAUCUCCGAGACUCUGACCAGCUCUCCUUCAUCUCUUCUUCAUCUCUUCUUAUUACGUGUCCAUACCAUCUCAACCUUGCUUCUCUCACCUUCUCUGCAAUGUCUACCACCCCACAUCUUCUGAUUUCUUCAUUCCAUAAUGUCUCUGACCAGCUCUCCUUCAUGUCUUCUUAUUACGAGUCCAUACCAUCUCAACCUUGCUUCCCUCACCUUCUCUGCAAUGUCUACCACCCCACAUCUUCUGAUCUCUUCAUUCCAUAAUAUAUCUGACUGGCUCACAUCUCCUUUCGAUCAACCAACGUAAGUUUCAAAUUACAAAAAAGUACAACAUUAACGAAAGUUAUUUUUCCCAAUUUUUCUAGCAACGAAAGAAUACGUCUAUUUGGACGAGACACUGACUAGUUAUAUUCUAGAAUUGGACAAAAUAACCACAAGUGGUUACGAGGAAGUACGCAUGGCUCGGAAAUCAGCGAUACAGAGCAUUCAGAUUGUGCUUAAUUAUCUCGAAUGCAAAGUAUAG